UCUCUGGGCUUAUAUUCUGUUAUAUUUGAUUCUUCCGGAGCGAGUACUUCCGGUUGCUACGAACUGUCUGGGUGCUAGUUUGAUUCCCUGUCCACGUGCACGUGGUAACGCAGUGUGAUUACACCCAUGGGCCCUGGGCCGUGUAUAUGUGGGCCCAGCCCUGGGAUUUACUUCCUUUCAUUUACGUCUCCUCUCUCAUUCCUUGCGGUUUCUUUUAACACGGAGUUCUGUUGGAGGUGUGUGUAUGGAUGGCGCCGCGGAAUGCAUGGGACACGGCGCCGAAUCCAAAUGGCGUCCCAUCUGGCUAGUUAUCUUCUCAUUCAAAGACAAACAACGUCUGUUUCUGUUGAGCUCAAUCCCGUAAAUUGUAGACAAACAAAUAGUUCCCAAGUGCGUAGUGCCACAGGCUGUUUUCGCUGGGUCGGGCAGGCAGCGAUGGAGGGCCAGAUUGGCAGACAUUCCGAUGGCGGGCCACUAAACCGCACGCGGAGAGGCAUGACGCAACCAGCGCAGCGGAGAGUUUUGAGAAAUGGAUGGAUCAAGCGCAGGGGCAGCGAUGGGCGACGAGGCGAUACGUUAAUCCGACCCUCGCAGACAUGGAUCAGCAGGGUUCGAACGUGCCCUCGAUGAUGCUUUUUUCACCUUGCCUGAUCCGGUGGAGAGGGAAGGAGGCCGAAGGAUGCUUUUUCCCCAAUGGGGAAGAAUGGAAAUGGAACCCUGUCAGGAUGCCAGUCGGCCAGUCACUUGCUCUGUUUUCCGAUGAAUGCUUUCUCUCUCAGCCAUAGCAUUUAUGGUUGUCCCAAACAAGGGCGUUCCGGAGACUCCGAUCAUAGCCGGAAGGCUGAUGGUGACAUGGACAUUAUUGUGGAUAUGUCAUUAUUUUUAAUGACUGAAAUCUUUGUGUUGGGUGCUGGCUGUAGCUACAGGU